ACUACACGCCUCCGGAGUUAGAGAGAGAAAGAGAGUCAAUGAUUUCUUCUUUUUCUCUCUCUAUGCAGCUUCUUCUCCAAGUCAAAUAAACCUUCAAAUUACAGUCAAAGUUUUGUCUUUGUCAAUUCUGUCGUCUCCUAUAUCUUCUUCUCCUCCUCCUUCUCCUUCUCCCUUGAAAUAUCCACGACUCACCAUCACCUUCUUCUUCUUCUUCAUUUAAAAAAAACCCUAGGCUUUUCUUUCCUUCCAAUUUGCACAAUCGGAAACCCUAGAAUGCUCCAAAUUUGAGUUGUCUGGUGGAUAUGUUUCUCUUUUGAGGUAAUUUUAAUAAACCUUAGCUAAAAUAUUAUCGAUUCAUGUUUCAAUUUCCUGAACUAAACGGAGAAGUUAGACUCAGUAGAUCUGUAACUUUAUUUUGUUUGACCUUAGUCUCUUGGGUCUUAAAAAAGGAUUUACUUGGUUUAAUUUGAAGAAAUUGUUUGGAGGUCAAAAUUAAGAGUUUCAAAAGACGGAUUGGAUUGAAUUCAAGGAGUUAGUAAUCAUUUUGGAAUCUUUAUUGAUGCUGGGUAUGUGAGGAAAUUGAAUCUCUGGGGGAAUUUUUGUGGAGGUAGGAGAUGGUAUAUAGUGAUUGUAAUUUUGAAUUUGUAAGCUGAGAGUUAGUUUUAAGUUUUAGGAUGGAUGGUUCUCAGGGAGGUACAAAUUCCCCGCCUCCUUUCCUUACAAAAACAUAUGAAAUGAUCGAUGACCCUGCCACAGACUCUGUCGUCUCGUGGAGUCAAACAAACAAUAGCUUUAUUGUGUGGAAUCCACCAGAAUUUGCUAGGGAUUUGCUGCCCAAGUAUUUUAAGCAUAACAAUUUCUCGAGCUUCAUUCGGCAACUUAAUACUUAUGGUUUCAGGAAAGCCGAUCCUGAUCAGUGGGAAUUUGCAAAUGAGGAGUUUAUAAGAGGUCAGAAGCAUCUUCUAAAGAACAUUCAUAGACGCAAACCAAUUCAUAGUCAUUCCCUUAAUAAUCACCAAGGGCAAGGAAGUUCUUCUGGAUCGCUAAGUGAAUUAGAAAAGCAGGAAUUUGAAGAGGAAAUUGAGAAAUUGAAACAUGAUAAAAGCUCCCUUGUAUUUGAGCUACAGAAGCACACACAGGAGCAGCAAGUUAUGGAGGUUCAAAUGCAAUCUAUCGAGGAGCGUUUGUACGUAAUGGAGAAACGCCAGAGGCAACUGAUGGCUUUUUUGGCUCAAACUAUGGGGAAACCUGGAUUUGUCUCCAAUCUUAUUCAGCAAUCAGAAAAGCAUAACAAAAGGAGAAGGUUGACUAAGCCAGAUUACUUCCACGAUGAAGCUGAUAAGGAAGAGACAAGAAUUGUAGUAUUCAAGCCUGUUGCUGCAGAGGACUCUGACCUUAUUGCUUUCCCUGUAGUAAACAGGGAACCACUUGAGAAGAUGGAAUCAACCAUGAAUUCCUUGGAAACUUUUCUCUGUGCAGUUGGUCAAGUUUCUGGUGAAGAAAUGCGAAAUACUGCAGUACCUUCACAACCUUCUGCUGUCUUUUCUAAUGAAAUAAACACAUCCUCAGGAGAACCAGAUAUAGGCUUGCAACCCCCAUCACCCAGAUUGCAUCUAUCAUCGUCUUGCUCUAGGGAUAUCCAUUCUUCUCCUGAGUUGGCAGAAUCAAUAAGUAAUGUGGAAAGCCGUAUUAUCUCUGCUAUUCAACUCGUUGUAGAUGUUAGACCUAACGAAUCUGGUAUUCAUGUUAAUUCCAGACCAGCUACUUCUCCAGAGGUCUACUCUGCUAAAGAACCAAAAGUCGGAACCACUGCUCCUGUACUAACAGGGGUUAAUGAUGUGUUCUGGGAACAGUUCCUAACUGAAACUCCUGGUUCCUCGGAUACACCAGAGGUUCAGUCAGAAAGAAGGGACAUUGAUGAGAGGAAUACUAGUAAGCCUGUUGAUCGUGGGAGAUUUUGGUGGAAUAUGAAGAAUAUCGAUAACCUUACAGAACAGAUGGGCCAUCUCACUCAAGCCGAAAAAACAUAAUGCUGGUUGAUUUCAACCCUUGAAGUGUCUCGGUUUCGCCCGUACUUUAUAAACAUCAAAGAGGUACAAUUUGGUUUGAUCUUUGUAGUAUAUACACACUCUCAAUUUGAGAUUAUUGUUCCAGUAUUACCCAUAUGUUGUCUAUCAGUGUCAAGGGUUUCACCCCUUGUUGUUCUUUUGAACUCUAUGUACAGUGCUUAUUUACAUUAGGCUUUUUGGUUCUGAGAGGUUCUUUUUCUUUUUUAUUCAUUGAGAAACAUGGUUUGAGCAUUCCUUAACUAAACAAAAUAAUUUACUUAAUAUGUAAUCAUGGCUUUUAAAUUUUAACUUGUACUUUUACCCA